UGUUGGCGAAAGGCAAACAAUUGGAGUUAACUAUGAAGAAAAGAGGGCAAGGAUGAUACGACAUGAAUUCAGUAACAAAUUACUUGAGUUAUUCCAUGAUGAGUUGUCAGAGUUAAGAAAACAAGAUCAAGAAAAAAUCCAAGCAUUACAAGUGAAAAUCAACAAGCUUACCCGUACUAUAACUGAGAAAGAUCAAGAAAUUGCCCAGCUCAAGGCACAACUUAAACCGACUAGAAGACUCAGUGUUUCGUCGUUUAUUAAACCUGACCAUGAUAUAAGUCCUACAAAGGAGGAGGAAUUUAUUUCUCCAGCAAGGAAACCCCAAUUCAUGGUCUCAGACAGGUCCAUUCUAGCCACUCAAUAUUCAGAUGAUGAUGAAGAGGUAGACACGUCGUCUAAAAAGAAAUCACCAUUCAAAAGAAAAUUGAGCUCUUCCCAAGGCUCAAUUAUUAUAAGUCCUAGAAAAUCAACCACUUCUUUAGGUCCCCCUGAAAAAAUCCCACGACUAAAUGCUACUUUCGAAUUAGAUGAAUUCAGUCCAGUGAAACCCACCCAGUAUUCUUCAAGUUCAUCCCAUUCUUCACAAGUUCAUGAAGAAGUGGAAGAUUCUGAAGAUGAAGUUGUUGAGAUUUUGCAAUUUCCAAUAAUAUCCAUACCAAAGAACGUAACUACAAUCUUACAAAAACGAAAAUACUUGUUAAAUUACUAUACCGAUAGGUUUCACAACGAUAUUGAAUUCAAGAUAAACUUAAUUAGACAUCCAAUAAAUGAGAUAAAUUGGGACUUUGCUGACUUUAAAGCAAACCCAAAUUACAAGCAAUCCAAAUCGCUUAUUCAUAAUCACAAGAUAAUCAACCAGAAACAAUAUAACAAAGUCAAAGCUUUCUACCAGGCAGCUAAUAUAAACAACGAUGAAUUCAAUGACAGUUUUGAAGAUAAACUUAGUCAGAUAUUUGAUAAAUUUGCAUCUCCUCCUGGAUUCAUGAAUAGUGAGUUUCCAGAUACUCAGGAACAACAAGCAAGAAGAGAACUUUUAAAGAAAAGGCAAAAUAAGAGAUUAGCUAGAAGAAUCAAAGAAUGUACUAGUGUGGAUAGAGGGAAACAAAUAGGAGAGUUUAUGUUUGUUGUUGAUAUACUUAACAUGUAUGUUGUUUCUGAUAGGUGGUUUAUCAAAUAAUAGUCGGAUAAAGCUUCACUUUUAAGAAUAACUAUAUAUUCUAAACUCGUUUGUCCACAUAGAGCUCUCCCAUUGGAAUCUGGUGUAUGGAAUUGUUAUAAUUCUUGUCUUGAAAGACCCCUAGAAUCAUAUUUAUAUGCUAUGAGAUGUUGAAUAGUAUUACUCUUUGAUUUAAAGAAGAGGCACCAUGCCUUUAAAGAUUAAUUUAGAUGGGGAGAAUUCUAUUUCUAACUGCUGAGAAAACAAUAUGCUAGUGAUAAUCUUAGUUUCAUUUCAAAUUGCAUUAUUUUUAGUUGUCCCCCACAACCAAAACCGAUUUGAAGAAAAGGUACAACAAUCAUAUGGCCAGAGAUUAAAUCCUGUCCGAUGCUGGACCCGAAAAUUCAGAUUAUAUUGAACCAAUUCUUAUACCUGAACCUGUUCCUAUACUUAAACCAUUGGCAAUUAUGAAAUUAUCUCACAUUAUACUUUCAUUAAUAUUCUCACAUCUCAAUCAAAUAGAAGUAUUGCAAGUUAUGAGAACUCGUUCGAGAUUCUAUCAACUGGCAAAACAGAAGUUGUUCAAAUAUUGUCAUGUAUGUCAUGAGCAGGAACUUGAAGUAUCUGGUGAUAUUCAAACUUCUUUCCAUAUUAAUUUUACCGUUAUUGACAAGGUAAAACAGUUUGAAAACCCGACCAAUGAACUCAAAUUUAAUUUUGUCAAAAAGAUUGUAUUCGCCCUGAACUUGGGCUUCAGUAGUUGUGUUAGCUGGUGUCAUAAUCUAUUGUACUUGGACCCAUCACUAAUAAUAACGAUCGAAAAUUCAUAUCGUAGCCAUGAAUGAUUUUAUUUAUCUGGAGGCAAAUCAGAUUGAUCAAAUUCAUCGGUUUGCUUUUUUGAUAAGUCACUUAUAUUUUAAGAAUGUAAUUAUGGUCCAUUCCUAGGAGAAUGAUGUAACUAUAACGUGUUUAAAAGCUAUUUAUAUAGUUUCAUCCACAGAUUCGAAUUUCUCAUUUAUAUAGCUUGUGAAGAAUGUUCACAAGCUUUCUUUUCCAUAUUUCUUUUCCAAGGUUCGUAUCCUGGCUAGGACUCUAAUGCAAGGUUGUUAUAGCAUUUAAUUAUAACUUUGUCUUCUUAUUCAU